AUGCAAGAAAAACAGGUUAGUAUUGGCUCUUUCAAACGAAUUAUCGAGGAACCUCUUACUGCCUUGAUAAAGACUCAUGCAGAAGCGGAAGAGCUCCCUUUGCCCCAAGAAAUUAUUCAUCAUCAAAUGCCAUCAAGUGCAGUCUUAGUGCAAUGUGACAACAUAAAUAACGACAAUUUCCAUAGUAAUGCUAAUCAGAUAUCAUUAAUUAGGAAUGAGUAUUUGGUUGCCCCAUUAUCACCAAAAAUCCUGGCAGAUCUAACAAACCACACAUUUUCUACAUCUGGAAUCGUAGCUGUUUCUGCAGGUCAGACUCAAGAUACAGGUACUAAAGCAGGUCAGAAGAUUUUGUCACUACCAGAUUUACCAGACACAUCGUCAAAAGCGGCCCUCAAUACCGACGAACUUAAUUACUGUUAUCUUACUACAUACCAGAUGCCUAAACCUAGUAAGAAUGUGAUGGGGGUAGCUGCUGAUGGCAGUUCUAUUGCGAUGUUUGAAUCUCAGUUUAAGUCUGAGCUUUUACAACAGCCUUAUCCUGGCUUCUAUCCUCAAGUCUUUCGCUUUCUGAUGCAGACGCAACACCCGCGGGACUGGUGUCUACGACUUAUCACUUGGCCAUAUCCUUUAUGUAUAUUAUAA